UAGUACCGCUGUUUUUAGAGAGAGAAACUAGAGGGAGAGGUGUUCAGACCUUGAGAGAGAGAGCCCAACAAGUCUCGCUACCUUUCUACACUGGACCCUUUUUCUCCUUUCCAUCUCUUUCCAAGGUUAGGGUUUUCUCUCUCUGCAAUUCAUCGUAUCAAAUCCCAGAUAAUUUUUUGCUCAACUUUUGACUUCUCUCAUUGUUUAAUGGUUCUAUAUGAGGGUGAUUUUCAGAUUGGUUCUGUAGAAGAAGGGAGAGGUAAUUGAGCUGGUUGAGAUCAAUGGGUGGGAAGAGAUCUGCUAUAGAUUGCUUGAAUUUGGAGAUCUAUGCACAGACUUUCGUGGGCUUUGUGUUGAUUUUUGCGGCGCAAGUUUUGCUUGGAUAUACCAGCCCUGGCGAUGUUACUGCAAUUAAUAACUUAUAUGCUGCAUUGGGUAGCCCCCUUCUUCCUGGAUGGGUGUCUACUGGGGGAGACCCAUGUGCUGAUGCUUGGCAAGGAGUCUCAUGUAACGGCUCGGAGAUAAAUUCAAUAAUUCUUAAUGGUGCCAAUUUGGGAGGGGAACUAGGUGAUAGCUUGGGAACUUUUGCUUCUAUCAAAGUGAUAGACCUGAGCAACAACCAGAUUGGGGGUAGUAUUCCAUCCAGUUUACCCCUUACCUUGCAGAACUUUUUUCUUUCAGCUAAUCAGUUCACUGGAAGCAUCCCAACUUCGUUAUCCUCUCUUAGCUUACUUACAGACAUGUCUCUAAACAACAAUCUUUUAACUGGAGAGAUCCCUGAUGCGUUUCAAGCCCUUGUGGGUUUGAUCAAUCUAGAUCUAUCCAGUAACAGUUUGAGUGGGCAAUUGCCUCCAUCAAUGGAAAACUUGUCGUCGCUGACCACUCUGCGUUUGCAGAUCAAUCAGCUAUCUGGGACCCUAGAUGUUCUACAAGAUCUUCCCCUUAAAGAUUUGAAUGUAGAGAAUAACCGUUUCUCUGGAACGAUACCUGAUAAGUUGCUAAGCAUUCCAAAUUUCAGAAAAGAUGGAAAUCCAUUCGGCAAUGUUACUGCUCCUUUGCUUGCACCCACAUCCCCAUUGACACUCCCAUCACCACCUCCUCCACUUUCUGGGCCGCCAUCUUCCAACCAACCACCUGUGAAACCAGCUGAUGGGCCAUCUGCAACAGAGGAAUCAAAUUCAGGGGGGAAAGGAAAAGGUUUAAGCACUAAAAGGAUAGUUUGGAUAUCAAUUACAGUGGUCUUGGUAUUUAUAAUUUUGGUGCUGGCACUUGUGCUUCUUGUAAAAUGGUGUUGUGGAGAAAGGCAAGAGUCUGACUGGAUAUCUAAGCGAAAUGAAACCGGUGCAUAUAAAGGCAGCAGAUUGAAUCUUAGAGAUAAUGGAUCCUUGGAACAGCAAGGUAAUCAAAUAGAGAAAGUUCCAAAAGAGGCAGUUGGCACACCCAAGGAGGAACAUCAAGAAGUGGUUAGAAGAAUAGGUGUGCCUCCAAAGCCACAAAAUGAACAAGAUCGAAAUGUGGAAAGAAUGUUCACAAUACCAAAGCAGGACAGUCAUGAGAUAGAUAUAAGUGGACUUGAUGUGAUGAUGCCACCUCCUCCCCCUCCUCCUCCUCCUCCUCCUCCUCCCCCGAGCCCUCCUCCCCCACCUCUUGUUGAAACAGUUAUUGUAAACCCAAUUGUGCCAGUUGAAGUAAAUGCAGAAAAACCUUCCACGAAAACUCUGAACCCCCCGAUCUCUGCAAGAUCUUUCACAAUUGCAUCACUUCAGCAAUACACAAACAGCUUUUCUCAAGAGAAUCUUAUUGGAUCGGGCAUGCUGGGAACUGUUUAUAGGGCACAGCUUCCUGGUGGAAAGCUACUUGCAGUCAAGAAACUGGACAAAAAGAUUUGUAAUCAGCAGAAGGAUGAUGAGUUUUUUGACCUGGUAAACAGUAUUGAUGGAAUUCGACAUGCUAAUGUUGUCGAGCUCAUGGGAUACUGUGCGGAGCAUGGUGAAAGACUUCUUAUUUAUGAGUAUUGCAGUGAUGGGACACUGCACGAUGCCCUGCACUCAGAUGAUGAAUUUAAGAAGAAACUUUCAUGGAGUGCCCGGGUACGGAUGGCGCUUGGAGCUGCUAGAGCCUUGCAGUAUCUGCAUGAGGUCUGUCGUCCACCUGUUGUACACAGGAAUUUCAAGUCUGCAAAUGUGCUCCUUGAUGAUGAGCUCACCGUACGUGUCUCUGAUUGUGGUUUGGCUCCUUUAAUAUCAAGAGCUUCUGUAAGUCAGUUGUCAGGACGCUUAUCGGCAUAUGGCUGCGAAGCCCCAGAACAUGAGUCUGGGAUUUAUACUUUGAAGAGUGAUGUCUACAGCUUUGGAGCAGUAAUGUUAGAACUCUUGACAGGACGAAAGUCCUAUGACAGCAAACGCAACCGAGGAGAAAAAUUGCUGGUGAGAUGGGCCAUCCAUCAGCUUCAUGACAUUGAUGCUUUGUCAAGGAUGGUUGAUCCUUCAUUGAAUGGAGAAUACCCUGCUAAAUCUUUAUCCCACUUUGCUGACAUUAUCUCUCGGUGUGUUCAGGAUGAGCCAGAAUUCAGGCCACAGAUGUCUGAAGUUGUGGACGACCUCAUAGACAUGAUACGGAAAGAGGCUCCCAAUAGAUCAAAUAGCAACUAAAGUAGAUUAGGAAAUAAAAACUGGUGAUUCAACUUAUGAACAGGAAGGUGCUGAGGUUUGAUCUGCCAAAAGUUUCACCCAACAAGAUACAGCAAUUGUAGAAGCUGCAGAGUUGAUGCCCAUGCUAACACACCCAACAGUCCACAUCCUGAUCAGGGUGCACCAUAGGGAACUUUUUUGAGGUAAUCAGCCACAGGACACAUUGUCGCCAACUGUUUGAUAUUCUUUGUCAAUUGUUUGCAAUCAUUCUAUGUUCAUUAGAACCAUAAAAUGAGGUCUGUACUGCAGAAAUAUGCUAACCCAAUUAUUUAACGUCAUUUGUUAUUGAUUCUUGAUAAUGAAAAUCUUUUCCUCUGCUGCUGGCCCAUGCUUAACUUUGUAUCCUGUUCUUUAGGCCUUGUAUGGAGUUGCAAAUAACCUUCUGGGUAAUAAAGAUGUGAUUGAUAAA